CAAGUAUCGCGGGAACAGGGAAGGAGUGGGGAACGCUUUCAGCGCUUAGAAAUCACUAUGGUGACGGGAAGGUCGGGAGGCUUCUUGGUAUCUGGUCAGAGCUCUGAGAGCAAUCGCCGCCGCUUUCCGGGAACUUGAGUGGCUACAAUCAAGUGGUAUUUAAGAUCUCUCUGGAACUGGAGACAUGAGGCUAAAGAUAUCUCUCUUAAAAGAACCAAAGCAUCAAGAGUUAGUUAGCUGUGUGGGUUGGACGACCGCUGAGGAGCUGUACUCAUGCAGUGAUGAUCACCAGAUAGUGAAGUGGAACCUGCUGACAAGUGAGACCAGCCUAAUCGUAAAGCUGCCUGAUGACAUCUACCCAAUAGAUCUUCACUGGUUUCCCAAAAGCUUAGGCAUGAAGAAACAGACUCAGGCAGAAAGUUUUGUCCUCACAAGUUCUGAUGGUAAGUUUCAUCUGAUUUCCAAGUUAGGAAGAGUGGAGAAGAGUGUGGAAGCUCACUGCGGGGCCGUGCUUGCAGGAAGGUGGAAUUACGAGGGAACGGCACUGGUGACAGUUGGAGAAGAUGGACAAGUGAAAAUCUGGUCAAAGACGGGGAUGCUUAGGUCAACAUUAGCUCAGCAAGGAAUACCAGUAUAUUCAGUAGCAUGGGGCCCUGAUUCUGAAAAAGUUCUUUAUACAGCAGGCAAGCAGCUCAUCAUUAAACCUCUUCAGCCAAAUGCUAAAGUUUUACAGUGGAAAGCCCAUGAAGGCAUUAUUUUAAAAGUCGAUUGGAACUCAGUCAAUGACCUCAUUUUAUCUGCUGGUGAAGACUGUAAGUAUAAGGUUUGGGAUAGUUAUGGCCGCGUGCUCUACAGUUCUCAGCCUCACGAGCACCCCAUUACCUCAGUGGCCUGGGCUCCAGAUGGAGAGUUGUUUGCCGUUGGAUCCUUUCAUACUUUACGCUUGUGUGAUAAAACUGGGUGGUCAUAUGCUUUAGAAAAACCCAACACAGGCAGCAUAUUUAAUAUCGCGUGGUCUAUUGAUGGCACUCAGAUGGCUGGAGCCUGUGGAAACGGGCAUGUUGUCUUUGCACACGUGGUAGAACAGCGCUGGGAGUGGAAGAACUUUCAGGUGACACUAACGAAGAGAAGGACCAUGCAGGUUCGUAAUGUUCUCAACGAUGCCGUGGAUUUGCUGGAGUUCCGAGACAGAGUCAUCAAAGCGUCUUUGAACCAUGCACACUUAGUUGUUUCCACGUCUCUUCAGUGCUAUGUGUUCUCUACGAAGAACUGGAAUACACCACUUAUAUUUGACCUCAAAGAAGGAACUGUUAGUUUAAUUCUCCAGGCUGAAAGACAUUUCCUCCUGGUGGAUGGUGGUGGUAUCUAUUUGCACUCCUAUGAAGGGCGCUUCAUUUCUUCUCCAAAGUUUCCUGGGAUGAGAACAGAUAUUCUGAAUGCACAGACUGUGUCCCUGAGUAAUGACACUGUAGCAAUAAAAGACAAAGCUGAUGAAAAGAUAAUCUUCCUCUUUGAAGCAUCAACUGGAAAACCCUUAGGGGAUGGGAAACUUCUUUCUCAUAAGAAUGAAAUCUCAGAAAUUGCUCUGGAUCAAAAAGGACUUACCAAUGACAGAAAAAUUGCUUUCAUUGAUAAAAAUAGAGACCUCUACAUCACCUCAGUGAAACGAUUUGGGAAAGAGGAACAGAUUAUUAAACUUGGAACCAUGGUGCAUACGUUGGCAUGGUGUGAUACGUGCAAUAUCCUUUGUGGACUUCAAGAUACUCGAUUCACGGUGUGGUAUUACCCUAAUACCAUUUAUGUGGAUAGAGACAUCCUGCCUAAAACGUUGUAUGAAAGAGAUGCAAGCGAAUACAGUAAAAACCCCCAUAUAGUGAGCUUUGUCGGAAAUCAGGUGACUAUAAGAAGAGCCGAUGGCUCCCUGGUGCACGUGAGCAUUUCUCCGUACCCUGCCAUCCUCCAUGAGUACGUGAACAGCUCAAAAUGGGAAGACGCUGUGAGGCUUUGCCGCUUUGUUAAGGAGCAAAGCAUGUGGGCUUGCCUAGCUGCUAUGGCAGUUGCUAAUCGAGAUAUGAUUACUGCGGAAAUAGCCUAUGCAGCAAUUGGUGAAAUUGAUAAAGUUCGAUACAUCAAUGCUAUAAAAGAUCUUCCAUCUAAAGAGUCAAAAAUGGCCCACAUACUAAUGUUUAGUGGGAACAUACAGGAGGCUGAGACACUACUUCUCCAGGCUGGCCUCGUUUAUCAGGCAAUCCAGAUCAACAUUGAUCUCUAUAACUGGGAAAGGGCACUGGAGUUGGCUGUGAAAUACAAAACUCAUGUUGAUACAGUUCUUGCUUAUCGUCAAAAGUUUUUGGAGACAUUUGGUAAACAGGAAACUAAUAAACGAUAUUUGCAGUAUGCAGAAGGUCUCCAAAUAGACUGGGAGAAAAUCAAAGCGAAAAUUGAGAUGGAAAUUACUAAGGAACGUGACCGAUCGUCCAGCAGCCAGUCUGUCAAGAAUGUGGGCUUAAAGCACUAAAUGCCACGCUGACCCCUAAACUAGUCAGAGUAACCAAAGAUGUGCAUGUUUUGUUUGCUUUUUAAAAAAAGGCAUAAUUUUAAGGCUAGUGUUGUCUCUGAAUGGUAGAGUACUUGCCUAGCAUGCAUGAGGCCCUGGGUUUGAUUCCAGCACUAUCCAAAAAAGGCA